CGGAGGGAUGGGAAGGGGAGGGCUGGGCGGCGCCCUCCCGCGCAAGGGGAACGCCUGAUGCCAGGAUGGGAUUUCCUGGGGACGGCCUUCGACGGGGCACACGGCCGCCUCUUGCGCCCGCAGUUGGGGGUUUCCCGGGAGUCUGGUGACGGGAUGGUGAACGAGGAAGUGGGAUUCCUUCCCAAUGCGGCAGCUGUGGAAAAUGCCCCCCGAACCCUUCAGAACAUCUGCCGGGUAAACCCCCCGCCGUUCAGGCGUCGCCGCAGGAGAUCGAACGCGCCGGCCAUGGGGGGUUACAUCAAUGCCCUGGGCAUCUUAGAGGCCCCGCCGAGCUCGCCCCGGCGUGCGCCCGAGAGGCCUUUCCACUGCACGGAUUGCGGGAAGAGCUUCUCUCAGAGCUCCAACCUGAUUGAGCACCAGAGGAUCCACACGGGGGAGCGCCCCUUCACGUGCAGCGAGUGCGAGAAGAGCUUCAGCCGCAGCAGCACCCUGGUGGAGCACCAGCGCACACACACCGGCGAGAAGCCUUACACGUGCCUGGAGUGCGGGCGGGGCUUCAGCCGCAGCAGCACCCUGGUGGAGCACCAGCGCACCCACACCGGCGAGACGCCCUUCCCGUGCCGGGAGUGCGGGAAGGCCUUCAGCCGCACCUCCAACCUCAUGAAGCACCUGCGCACCCACUCCGGGGAGAAGCCCUACACCUGUGCCCUGUGCGGCAAGUGCUUCUCGCUGAGCUCCAACCUGCUGAAGCACGAGCGCACCCACUCCGGGGAGAAGCCCUUCCCCUGCGCCCUGUGCGGCAAGCGCUUCAAGAAGAAGACCCACCUGGUGUCCCAUCACCGGGUGCACACCGGGGAGCGGCCCUACCGCUGCGAGGAGUGCGGCAAGUGCUUCUCCCAGAGCUCCAUCCUGAUCGAGCACCAGCGCAUCCACACCGGGGAGAAGCCCUACAAGUGCGCGGACUGCGGGAAGGGCUUCUGCGUCAGCUCAAACCUCAUCAAGCACCAGAGGAUCCACACGGGGGAGAAGCCGUACACCUGCUCGGUCUGUGGCAAAGCCUUCCGCUAUAAGCCGCACUCUGUGCUCAUUGAACACCAGAGAAUCCAUACCGGGGAGCGCCCCUUUGUGUGCAACGUGUGCGGGAAACGCUUCUCCCAAAGCUCCACCCUGAUGGGGCACCAGAGGAUCCACACCGGCGAGAAGCCCUUUGCCUGCCCCGAGUGCGGGCGAGGCUUCAGCCGGAGCUCCGCCCUGACAGAACACCAGCGCACCCACACCGGCGAGACGCCCUUCCCAUGCCGGGAGUGCGGGAAGGCCUUCAGCCGCACCUCCAACCUGGUGAAGCACCUGCGCACCCACUCCGGGGAGAAGCCCUACACCUGCACCCUCUGCGGGAAACGCUUCUCCCUGAGCUCCAACCUGCUGAAGCACGAGCGCACCCACUCCGGGGAGAAGCCCUUCCCCUGCCCGCUCUGCGGCAAGUGCUUCAAGAAGAAGACCCACCUGGUUUCCCACAAUCGGGUGCACACCGGGGAGCGGCCCUACCGCUGCGAAGAGUGCGGCAAGUGCUUCUCUCAGAGCUCCUCCCUCAUCGAGCACCAGCGCAUCCACACCGGGGAGAAGCCCUACAAGUGUGCCCAGUGCGGCCGAGGGUUCUAUGUCAACUCCAAGCUCGUCAAGCACCAGAGGAUCCACACGGGCGAAAAACCCUAUGCCUGCUCUGCUUGCGGGAAGACCUUCCGGUACAAGCAGCAGUUCCCACGCCACGUGGCCCAUGUCCACCCUGGGGAGGAACAGGUGUCUGUGCUCACCUUGGGCCCCAGUGUUAACGUGCUGCUCUCAUAGAGCUUUGGGGCUUCAGGUCCUCCGGCUUCCAAUGAAAGGCAUCCUGCAGUGCCAAAUUUGG